UAAUAGCCAGAGAUCGACUCGUAUCAGUUACGAAUGAAUUAAGGCGCGAUGACUCAAUAAUUUUGGUGAAGUGUUGAAAGAGUGGAAAAUUAAGAAAAUGACAUGGCGAUCGAGCUGAAAUUUUCAAAACCAGACGCCGGUUCCCAUUGGGGAUUUCGGUUGGUGGGGGGAGCCGAUUUUAACGAACCCUUAGUGGUUGUUAAGGUAGAUAAAAAUAGCUUUGCUGAAAAUGCAGGCUUGAUGGUGGGCGAUGUCGUAGUUCGAGUAAACGACACCCCCACAGCGGGAUUAACCCAUGCCGUUGCCCAUGAUUUAAUUUUUGAUGCAGGAAAUGAGUUUAUAGUGGCUAUACGAAGAGGAUUGUUUUCUGAUAUCCCAGUGCCAACGGAGGACGACAUUAAUAGCGAAAUAGAAAAUAUACUUAAAGAAUCUUUAGCUGAACAACUUGAAGGCAUAAAGAAAGAAACCCGGGUCACACCAUCACCUGUUCUAGAAAAUCUAUCAGGGCAAGAGCAGUUGGUACAACCUCAAAAAGGUGAUAAGGUAACUGGAGGCAAGAAAAAAAAGUGGUCGACGUUUUUAGUCAAACCCAAGAAUCCUGUACCAAAGGCACAGGCUGUCCCAGUACAAAAGAUUGCAGAACCAUAUAAAGUCAAGAUAGUAAAACAACCUAGACGAGACCCCAAAGAUGUACUAAAUCACAAGAAAACCGUAAAGUUCGAGCCCAACGUGGUAGAAGUCGAAAUAUCUCGAGAAUCUUCAAUAGCUUCUAUGACUGAAUCUUCCGAAUCGAUUGAUUUACCACUACCGAGCGAAAUAGAAAUGGAGACCUCAGUAAAAAUAAUUGAAGAAACUACUGUAGAAAUUUGCGAGGAGGGCAAUGAUGAUUUUGAUACUCUUAGAUCGGAUUCUUCGAAUGAGAUUUCUUCACCAGAACAUAAGUCUACGCCAAUUUUGAAGCCUAAGCCAAUUGAUAUUCAUAUUGAGCCUGUUGUAUGCGAGUCCUCGCAAUCCUUAGCAGAGCAGCUAGCUGCAGUACAAAAGCAACUAUUGCUCUUAUCUCAGCUACCUUCAGCUAUUCAGGUUACUUUAGAAGCGGUAACGGAACAACUCAAUAAAAUUGCUUUGGAUAAGCUAAGUACGAUAGACGAGAAUGAGAAUUGCGAAGAGAAUGUGGAUAAUGUAUGUGAUAAAUCCUCAGGAGAAGAAGAUGCAGCCGAGGAAAACUUAACCGAGUCAGAAAACGCAGAACAUGAUAUAACUGAAAACGGAAUUGAAGAUGAAGAUCAGCCAAAUUUGGAAGAGUUCGAGGUAGAUGAAGCAAUAAAUGAGGAAUCUGCAAUGCCCGAUGUUAAUAGGGCAGAAGAAAUGAAAACCGAUGUUGAAGAAACAAGGGAAGCAGAAGUGAUUGAUCCCUAUGCUGGCCUUACCGAGGAAGAGAAAGAAGCUAAAAUUAGGGAGGAGCAAUUGUUGGCAAAAAAACAAAAGUUACAAGAAGAAAGAAACAAAAUGGACUGGCCGCAACGUCCGAUAGUUCUUCCGGGUGGAACGAAAUGGAUCGAUCCCAACGACGCUACCCCAAAACCAAAAACUACCAAAAUGUCCGAUGAAAAAAUUUGCAAAACCCUUGACGAGUUUUCGGAAGUGAUUGUGGGAAAAACGAAAGGCAUCAAUUUCUUGAAGUACCAGCCUCCGGCAAAGAAUCUCGACUAUCUUCAGAAGUCGGAAGUGUAUCGUCUAAUUCACGACAUGGAACCCCCGUUGAAAGGAGUGGCAGCCCGAUAUGAAAAGAUUUUAUCUGAAAACGAAUACUACGGGAAUAAAGCAGGACCGAAUUAGCUGCCCAUCAUUAUUUAUAGCAACGUUUAUAAAGACCUGGACUUUUUGCUGUGCCUAAUUUUUACAAUAAUUGUUAUCUUAAAAUUUAAAUAAAUUUUGUUCUUAA